GAGGAUCGAGAAUAGGAGGGCUUAUAAAUCACCCCCCCACCCCCCCUCACUCUCUCUCCCAUGACGGGGGGCAGCCUGGCGGCGGCGCGGUGGUCGGGGGAGCGCACGGCGCACACAGCGGGACGCACAAGGGAGCCAGCGAGCGGAGCGCGCACACAAAGAGACAGUCGGCGCGGCGGGAUGCGCUCUUAUUUUGACACUCUGCUCGCGCUGGCUUUUUGAGGGGAAAGUAGGAAAUUAAGCCAUCAUCACACCUCCCCAUCCCUUCUCCCCUUCACCGCCAAACCCCCCCCCCCCUUUUGUUUUUUAAACGUAUAUAUUUUUUGGGGGGGGAAGGACUGGACUACCACUUGUGCCCUCUUCUGCCCCUCCGGAUGCUCAGAAAUGGGGGAAUGGACUAUACUAGAGAGGCUCCUGGAGGCUGCUGUCCAGCAGCACUCUACUAUGAUAGGAAGGAUCCUGCUGACAGUGGUGGUGAUCUUCCGCAUCCUGAUCGUGGCCAUCGUGGGGGAGACGGUGUACGAUGACGAGCAGACCAUGUUCGUGUGCAACACCCUGCAGCCGGGGUGCAACCAGGCGUGCUACGACAAGGCUUUCCCCAUCUCGCACAUCCGCUACUGGGUCUUCCAGAUCAUCAUGGUGUGCACGCCCAGCCUGUGCUUCAUCACCUACUCCGUGCACCAGUCGGCCAAGCAGAAGGAGCGCCGCUACUCCACCGUCUACCUGACCCUGGACAAGGAGCAGGACUCGCUGAAGCGCGACGAGGGCAAGAAGAUCAAGAACACCGUGGUCAACGGCGUGGUGCUGCAGAACACCGAGAACUCCACCAAGGAGGCCGAGCCGGACUGCCUGGAGGUCAAGGAGAUCCCCAACUCGGCCGCCGCCAGAACUACAAAGUCGAAAAUGAGACGCCAGGAGGGCAUCUCUCGCUUCUACAUCAUCCAGGUGGUGUUCCGCAACGCGUUGGAGAUAGGCUUCCUGGUGGGUCAGUACUUCCUGUACGGCUUCAACGUGCCCUCCGUGUACGAGUGCGACCGCUACCCGUGCAUCAAGGACGUCGAGUGCUACGUCUCCCGGCCCACGGAGAAGACCGUCUUCUUGGUCUUCAUGUUCGCCGUCAGCGGCUUUUGCGUGGUGCUCAAUCUGGCCGAACUCAACCACUUGGGCUGGAGGAAAAUCAAAACAGCCGUGCGGGGGGUGCAGGCCCGCCGGAAGUCCAUCUACGAGAUUCGGAACAAGGACCUGCCCAGGAUGAGCGUGCCCAAUUUCGGGCGCACGCAGUCCAGCGACUCGGCUUACGUCUAGGAGAGGAACUUUGGAGGCGCCGAAAAACUUAACCGAUUAAUGACUUUUUCCAACAGUGGGCAAGUUUUAUUUCCCUUUCUCUUUCAUUUUUGGGGGUCUCUGAAGGACUUUGUAGCAGGCGUGGACUACGUGUGCUUACUUAUUUAAAGGCCUACUGAAACCCACUACUACCCACCACGCAGUCUGAUAGUUUAUAUAUCAAUGAAGAAAUAUUAACAUUGCAACACAUGUCAAUACGGAUUUUUUAGUUUACUAAAUUACAAUUUAAAAUUUCCCGGGAGUUUCGUCUUGGAAACGUCGUGUAAUGAUGACGUGUACGCAAGACGUCACGCGUUUUUACGAAGUAUGAGCGCUACGCACACACACAGCUAAAUGUCGUCUGCUUUAACGGCAUAAUUACACAGUAUUUUGGAGAUCUGUGUUGCUGAAUCUUUUGCAAUUUGUUCAAUUAAUAUUGGAGAAGUCACAGUAGAAAGAUGGAGUUGGGAAGCUUUAGCCUUUAGCCACACAAACACACGGCGAUUCCUUGUUUAAAAUUCCCGGAGGUGAAACUUUACUAUGGAUCAGAGCGCGGUCAAGCAGACAUGGAUCCAAACCGAAUGUCAACCAGCAGGUUUCGGUGAGAAAAUUGUGGUUAAAAAGUCGCUUCUUACUAGAGAAAAGUUGAGCUUGCCCCGUCCACAGCUGCCGUCGACUUCCCUGAGACACUGCGCGUCAAGACACCCAUGGAGACACCCUUCCGACUAUCAGGUACUAUUUAACUCACUAAAACACAAGCAACACAAUAGAAAGAUAAGAGAUUUCCCAGAAUUAUCCUAAUAAAUGUGUUUAAAAACAUCGGAAUCCGUCCCAAUGCAAUCGCGGUUUUUUUAACUCGUUUUUUUAUCUUUCUAGUCCGUCGCUAUCAAUAUCCUCAAACACAAAUCUUUCAUCCUCGCUAAAAUUAAUGGGGAAAUUGUCGUUUUCUCGGUCCGAAUAGCACUUUUUGUUGGAGGCUCCCAUUAAAAUCAAUGUGAAUAUGUGAGGAGCCCCCACACUUGUGACGUCAUCGUCUGCGACUUCCGGUAGAGGCAGGGCUUUUCUCUUAACACCGAAAGUUGCAAACUUUAUCGUGGAUGUCUUCUACUAAAUCCUUUCAGCAAAAAUAUGGCAAUACCGCGAAAUGAUCAAGUAUGACACUUAGAAUGGACAGGCUAUCCCCGUUUAAAUAAGAAAAUCUCAUUUCAGUAGGCCUUUAAUGACUUUUUCCAACAGUGGGCAAGUUUUAUUUCCCUUUCUCUUUUAUUUUUGGGGGUCUUUGAAGGACUUUGUAGCAGACGUGGACUACGUGUGCUUACUUAUCUAAUAUGAUUUACAAGGUUUUGACUGCACUGAUGCAACUUUUUAGUAGCGUUUCUAUUUAAGAGGAACCACCCGCCCACUGGACACUUCAUUAGGGACACCUGCCUUUCCAAAAAGAGCCGCCUUUGAGGCAUUAAAGUAACUAUAUGCGCGUUCGUGUGGCUCUGCUGCAAACUGCUUAGUUUAGUGCCUCAAAAGCACAAUUCGUGCGGGUGUGCCUAAUGUAGUGACCAGUCAGGGAGGAAAAUGCAAAAAAAAACAAGAAAAAAAAAAAGAUGCACUAAGGAGGUGAACUCUGUCCAAAAUGUGCUUCUUCCUGCAGUUAAAUAGCACCAUCAAUAGGACAUCCAGAUUUAUGAAUAUAUAAAUAUACAUCAUGUAUUUUGUUGCCUGUGUCACACCACUUGACCUUAAACAUGUAAGUAACCGUUCCAUCGCUUUUUAUCAAACUUGCAGCAAAACGCUAACGUCUGUGACACAUUUUAGGACACACCAAAGCGCCCACGUCUUUUUUUUAAUUAUUAUUAUUUGUCAAGUUGCUUCUUCUUUUUUUUGUCUGUGUAAUCAAGUGCCAUAAUUGUAUAUAGACAUAAUAUAAAUGUAUACAUAUUUAAAUAUAUAAAUAUAUAUAUAAAUAUAUAUAACAACCAUCAUCAAGAAGCUUAUUCCACCUGCUUGGAUAAAAUGCUAAAAAGCCUUUUUUUAGAUGAAUUACCAAAAAAAAAGUAUUCAAAAAUGUAUUUGUGAUUUCAUCUGGGAAAUUGAAUUACAAUAAAAUGUCUCCCUCAGCCUAAUCGAAAGCUCAAAAUAUGAACUAUAGCACAAACUGACAUUUUUUAAUUAAAGAAAGUAUGAUUAAAGAUCUGCUUUGGUGCUACAGUUUUUGUUUUCUUUUCCACAGAACAGUUCUAAAAUGUAACCAAAAAAAAAAAAAAAAACACAUCCGAGGAAGAAAUGACAAGCAUAAAUCUAUUUUGUUUUUUUUUCCGUGAAAAAUAAAGAGUGGGAUUCAUGUACACCACAAUUGUGUGAGGCGCAGUGCUUUAUCUUGAUUGUCGACAUUAUGUACAGUGUGUGUGUGUGUGUGUGUGUAAAUUUGGCCUUGGUGCAGUGACUGUAGCCCCGCCCACAUCCACUGCAGGACACACCUUACACAGGGGGUGCUACAACUGCCAGGCUGAUGCUGCAUCGACUAAUUAUAGCUGGAAUAAUCACACCGGCCACAUUAUUAGGUACACCUAUGUCAAAAGUGUGUUUAUGCUAUUAUUCAUGUUCAAGCAGCACCUGACAAUGUCAAUUACUACACUUCCAAAAGCAGACAUUUUUGAUUGGAUGGAAUUAGACUGCACAAGUGUAGUUAGUAAAGUGUCCAAUGAGUAAAUGUGUUUAAAAAAAACAUAUUUUUGACCACUUAUUGUGUGACAGUGUUUUUUUUUUACCUGCCGUCGUAAAAGAGUUGAUCUGGAGUCUUCGGCCCUUUCUUUGUCUUCUCAGCCUU